GAGGAGUGAAGGACCAGACUUUCCCAGAAGAGAGGCGGGACUCCAUUCGAAGACAGCUGCCGUGGAUGCCAGCCAGUCUGUUCAGGGUCAUGUAUCGGGUCCAUGACUAACCACUUGGGCACCUGCUUCUCCUGCACUCAGCUCCCCUCCCUUUUCCCGUGCCGUCUUCCCAGGUUGCCAGCUUCCUGAAUAAAGCACCAUCGACUCGUCUCUCGAGUAUUGAUUUUUUUUCUUUUCUUUUAAUUCCAGUAUAGUUAACAUGCAGUAUUCUAUUAGUUUUAGUUAUACUGGUUGACAUGACUAUUAUUUAUUUCCAAGCGGUGAGCGGCCGCACCUGACUUCGGGACCAGCUUUCUGUCCAGUUAACAGCUCUCGGCUACAGACAACUGGGCAUGAGCCCAGGAGGCAGGGCUUGGGGGCUCCCGUCCUUCCUUACUGCCUUACUUGAGCAAGACCCUUGCCUCCUCUGAGUCUUAGGACCCGCCUGCCCCACGCAGAAAGGGGACCAGAUUAUCUCAAAGAUUAAUCACAGCUGACUGUGAGUCUGAAGUUCUCUUUUCUAGGUUUGUGCCCUCUUGUACCUACCACAGGCUUCCUGUCUGAACUUCCUCUGUCCUCCCACAGCCCACGGAUUCCUUUCUCUGUCAGAGGGGCCACAGAAGGCAAACUGUCCCAGGGCAUGACAGAGGGAUGCCGCUGUGGCUGCUGCUGCUGUGUGGAGGGCCCCUGCUUCAGGUUCUGGGCUACUGGCUGGAGCUACAGGACUCUGUGACUGUCCAGGAGGGCUUGUGUGUCCACGUGCGCUGCAAAUUUUUUUCGCCCUGGCUUAGCUUUGGAUUCAUCCCCGUAUCUUGGUUCCAGAAAGGGGCAGAUGUCAACUACGAUCCUCCAGUGGCCACAAACAAACCAGACAGGAAGCUGCAUGAGAGGACCCAGGGCCGGUUCUUCCUCCUCGGGGACCCCCAGACUGAGGACUGCUCUCUGUACAUCACAGAUGUCAACAUGGGGGACAGUGGGACUUACUUCUUACAUGUCAAAACACACUCCUAUCUAUAUAAUAUGCUUUCUCUGAAUGUGACAGCUCUGACCCACACACCUCACAUCCUUACCCCGGGGACCCUGGAGUCCGGCCGCCCCGGGAACCUGAACUGCUCUGUGCCCUGGGCCUGCGAGCGGGGAAUGCCCCCCAUCUUCUCCUGGACGUCAGCGGCCCUCACCUCCCUGGGCCCCAGGACCCACCUCUCCUCAGUGCUCACCCUCACCCCACGGCCCCAGGACCACGGCACCAACCUCACCUGUCAAGUGCAAUUCCCUGCAAUUGGUGUGAUGGUGGAAAGGACCAUCCAGCUCAAUGUCACCUAUGCUCCACAGAACACGGCCAUCAGGAUCUUCCAAGGAAACAGAAUAGCCCUAGAGACUCUGCAAAACACCUCGUCCCUUCUCAUCCGGGAGGGCCAGGACCUGCGGCUGCUCUGUGCUGCUGCCGGCAACACCCCCGCCGAGCUGAGCUGGUUCCGGGGGUCCCCUGCCCUGAAUGCCACCCCCAUGUGCACGACCCACAUCCUGGAGCUGCCUCAAGUCGGGGCUGCGGAGGAAGGGACGCUCACCUGCCGAGCUCAGAACUCGCUGGGCUCCCAGCACGUCUCCCUGCGUCUCUCUGUGGUCUGCCCCCCGCGGCUGCUCGGCCCCUCCUGCUCCUGGGAGGGCGAGGCGCUGGGCUGCACCUGCUCCGCCCGAGCCCGGCCGGCCCCCACCCUGCGCUGGCGGCUGGGGGAGGGGCUGCUGGAGGGGAACCACAGCGACGCCUCCUUGACCGUCACCUCCAGCUCCGAGGGGCCCUGGGCCAACAGCUCCCUGAGCCUCAGGGGGCCGCUGGGCUCUGACCUCAGACUCAGCUGCGAGGCCCGGAAUGAGCACGGGGCCCAGAGCACCGCCGUCCUGGUGCUGCGGCCAGAUGAGCCAGAACCCAGGGCCAGUGGCGUCCUGGGAGCCGUCGGGGGAGCGGGCAUCAUGACCCUGCUAUUUUCUCUCUGCCUUUGUCUCAUCUUCAGAGUGAAGACCCUCAGGAAGAGAGCAGCCCAGCCAGUGCAAAUCAUGGAGUUGAACCCAGCCGGUGACUCAGGCUCUGGGGCUCAUCGGCACCGGGUCUUGACAGACAUCCCUGCAGACCCCCCAGCUCCUGCUGGGACUAGCCCCAUUUCAGGAGAAGAACAGGAACUCCACUAUGCUUUCCUCCGAUUUCCCAAGCUGAAGCCUCGGGAACAGGAAGGCAUCAACACCGAGUACUCAGAGAUCAAGACAUACAAGUGAGGAAUUGUCUGUCUCCUACUUCUGGAGCCUGGAAGUCUGAGAUCACGUGUCAGCAGAGGUCUCUCUCCUUGGCUUGUAGAUGGCCGUCUUCUCCCUGUGAACUUACCUGGU